GGCCCCGCCCCCUCCCCCGCCGGCACCCGUCGGCGGCCAUGGCGGCGCGGGGGCUGUCGCCCGGCGCGGUGCCGGCUGCGGUGCGGGCCGCGGCCCCGCUGCUCGCGCUGUCCCUGUGCGUCUCGCUGUGCCUGUCGCUGCCGCUGCCGCUGCCCGGGGCCCGGGCGGGGCCCCCCGCGGCCGGCUGGAGCUGGCGGAACCUCACGUGCCCGGCCUGCCGCCUGCUCUUCGGGGCGCUCGGCCUGGCGCUGCAGCUGGAGCCCAACGUGGCGCGCGUGGGGCGCGUGGCGGUGCGCGUGUGCCAGGAGCUGCGGCUGGCGCCCCCCGAGAUCUGCCGGCAGGCCGUGCAGCUCUUCCAGCAGGACGUGGUGUCGGCGUGGGCCCGCUCGGUGCUGCGCCCCGGCGAGGCCUGCGGGCUGCUGCUGGGCCGCGGCUGCGGCCGCUGGGACAUCUACGCCGACUGGAACGUCACGCUGCCCGCCGCCCCCAAGCCCCCCGUGCGCCCGCCCGCGCCCCCGCCGCCCGGCGCCCCCACCGCCCGCCUCCUCUUCCUCACCGACCUCCACUGGGACCGGCACUACGUGCCGGGCAGCGAGCCCGCCUGCCGCGACCCGCUGUGCUGCCGCGGCGCCGCGCGCUCGGCCCCCGGCGGCGCCGGCUACUGGGGCGAGUACGGCAAGUGCGACCUGCCGCUGCACACCAUCGAGGCGCUGCUGGCGCAGCUGCGCGGCCCCGCGCCGCCCUUCGACGCCGCGUACUGGACCGGAGACAUCCCGGCGCACGACGUCUGGCAGCAGCGCCGCGAGGACCAGCUGCUGGCGCUGCGCACCGUCACCGGGCUGCUCCGCAAGCACCUGGGCGCCCUGCCCGUCUACCCCGCCGUGGGCAACCACGAGGCCACCCCCGUCAACGCCUUCCCCCCGCCCUACGUCCACGGGAACCAGUCCUCGGCCUGGCUCUACGACGCCAUGGCCCAGGCCUGGCAGGACUGGCUGCCCCCCGAGGCGCUGGAGACCCUCAGAGCUGCCGGUUUCUACACGCUGCGGGUGCGGCCCGGCCUGCGCCUCGUCUCGCUCAACAUGAACUUCUGCUCCCAGGCCAACUUUUGGCUCCUCAUCAACUCCACCGACCCCGCGGGGCAGCUGCAGUGGCUCGUGGGCGUCCUGGAGGCCGCCGAGCAGCGAGGGGAGAAGGUGCACAUCAUCGGGCACAUCCCGCCGGGCCACUGCCUCCGGAGCUGGAGCUGGAACUACUACCGCAUCGUCAACAGGUUUGAGGGCACCAUCGCGGCCCAGUUCUUCGGGCACACGCACGUGGACGAGUUCGAGAUGUUCUACGACGAGGAGACCCUGACGCGCCCCGUCUCCGUGGCCUUCGUGGCCCCCAGCGUCACCACCUACAUCAACCUCAACCCCGGCUAUCGCGUGUAUGAGCUGGACGGCGCCUACCCCGGCAGCUCCCACGCCGUGCUCGACCACGAGACCUUUAUCCUCAACCUCACGGAGGCCAACGUGCCGGGGGCGAAGCCACGCUGGCAGCGCCUCUACCGCGCCCGCGAGGCCUACGGGAUGCCCAGCGCCUUCCCCGCCGACUGGGACCAGCUCAUCCGCCGCUUCCAGGACGACGAGAGCCUCUUCCAGCGCUUCUGGUACCUCUUCCACAAGGGCCACCCGCCCCGCGAGCCCUGCCGCGAGGCCUGCAAAGCCGCGCUGCUCUGCUCCCUGCGCACAGGGCGCUCCGUCGACCCCGGCCUCUGCCGCGUGCUGCGCCCAGCCCUGCCCUUCGCCCAGAUCCAGGAGCUGUGGAGGCAGCGGCAGCUGUGCUGAGGGCAGGGUGCUCCCCGGACGCGCGCGGCGCCCGGGCUUGGUGCCCCCGGGCUGCGCACGGCCCCCGGCUCGGCAGGGACCAGGGCCGGCGGAGGGGAUGGCUGUCACCCAGCUACGCUCGCUGCUCCGCGGGCUGGGGCUGCCGCUGGCCGACCCCCAGCUCGGCCCCCCAGGACGCCGGGGGCCGAGGUACGGUGCUGCCCGCUGCCUGCCGCGGCCCCGGCGGCGGCUGUGUAAUAAAGGUGUGAUGGACA